CUAGUAACUAUGACCGAGCUUUCUGUGAUGAUUCCACAGAUAGGCAAAUUUAUUCAAUGUGACAGAGACAUGCAUUGUAUUUUUAUGAUAUUACCGACAUAUCUAAUGCAUAUUGUGAUUAUGGUAAAGCUAUAUACGUGUCAAUUUAACAGUGACAAAAUUAAAGACCUUACUGAUCAGUUGUAUAGCCAUUGGAAAAAUUUGGAAAGCCCGGAAGAGUACGAAAUUAUGAAAACGUAUGCAGCAAAAGCGAGAUUGUUUUCUUUAAUAUAUUCCUCGUAUUAUAUCAUAUGUUGUCCUAUGUUUGUAUUUGUUUCUCUCACACCGCAAAUAUUAAAUAUCGUGUUACCGCUCAACGAAUCCCGCCCUAUGUUAAUGCCUUAUGAAGCCCAUUAUUUCGUCCACGAUGACAGAGAAUACUUCUAUUACAUUUUCUUUCACGCUCUUGUAGCUAUACUAAUAGUUAUAACGGGUAUACUCGCGCAUGAUUGUAUGAUCCUGACUUAUGUCGAACAUGUCUGCAGCAUUUUCGCUGUAGCUGGAUUUCGUUUCGAAAACUUGGCAUGUAAUAAAGAUACAGAUUUGAUAAAUAAUAAUCUAAUUAAUAUGUACAAUCAAAAAAUAGCUAUCUCUGUGCAUACACACUUGCAAGCCUUACAAUUCGCGGAACUUCUGGAAGAUGCUUUCUCCAUAACUUUCGCCAUACAAAUAGCGAUAGUUACCGUAGCGAUGAGUAUCAGUUUAUUGCAAUUAGCAGUACAAUUAGAUGAUACUCUGGAAAUGAUGAGAUAUACGGCAUUUGUCGUUGGUCAAUUGAUUCAUUUAUUUUGCUUCAGUCUACAAGGCCAAAGAUUGUUAGACCACAGUUUAAAAAUACACGAUAAGAUAUACAAUUGCUCUUGGUACAAUAUACCUGUCAAAUCGCAAAAGUUACUUCUAAACGUAAUGAGAAGGAGCUUGCAACCGAAUAUUUUGAGCGCCGGUGGAAUUUAUAUUUUUUCCUUAAAAAGUUUCACUACGGUUCUACAAUCUUCGAUGUCAUAUUUUACCGUACUCGCGUCCUUCCAGUAA